CCACCGCAGCAGGAAGAAAAGCCAAAUGUGAACCUUCCCAAUUCCAGUGCACGAAUGGCCGCUGUAUCACACUGUUGUGGAAAUGUGAUGGGGACGAAGACUGUGCUGAUGGCAGUGACGAAAAGAACUGUGAGAAGAAGACGUGUGCCGAGUCUGACUUUGUGUGCAACAAUGGCCAGUGUGUCCCCAGCCGAUGGCAGUGCGAUGGGGAUCCUGACUGUGAAGAUGGCUCUGAUGACAGCCCAGAACAGUGCCAUAUGAGAACAUGCCGCACAAAUGAAAUCAGCUGUGGCGCCCAUUCUACUCAGUGUAUCCCAGAGUCCUGGAGAUGCGAUGGUGAAAAUGAUUGUGACAGUGGAGAAGAUGAAGAAAACUGUGGCAACAUCACAUGCAGCUCUGACGAGUUCACUUGCUCCAGUGGCCGCUGCAUCUCCAGGAAUUUUGUGUGCAACGGCCAGGACGACUGUAACGAUGGCAGCGAUGAGCUCAACUGUGCCCCGCCGUCCUGCGGUGCCCACGAGUUCCAGUGCAGCGCCUCGUCCUGCAUCCCCCUCAGCUGGGUGUGUGACGAUGAUGCCGACUGCUCCGACCAGUCUGAUGAGUCCCUGGAGCAGUGUGGCCGCCAGCCAGUGAUACACACCAAGUGCCCAGCCAGCGAGAUCCAAUGUGGCUCUGGCGAGUGCAUCCACAAGAAGUGGCGAUGUGACGGAGAUCCUGACUGCAGGGACGGCAGCGAUGAGGUCAACUGUCCUUCUCGAACCUGCCGACCUGACCAGUUCGAAUGCGAGGAUGGCAGCUGCAUCCAUGGCAGCAGGCAGUGUAACGGUAUCCGAGACUGUGUCGAUGGCUCUGAUGAAGUCAACUGCAAAAAUGUCAAUCAGUGCUUGGGCCCCGGAAAGUUCAAGUGCAGAAGCGGGGAAUGCAUAGAUAUCAUUAAAGUAUGUAACCAGGAACAGGACUGCAGGGACUGGAGCGAUGAACCCCUGAAAGAAUGUCAUGUAAAUGAAUGCUUGGUUAAUAACGGUGGAUGUUCCCAUAUCUGCAGAGACCUAGUUAUAGGCUACGAAUGUGACUGCGCAGCAGGGUUUGAGCUGAUAGAUAGGAAAACCUGUGGAGAUAUUGAUGAAUGCCAAAAUCCGGGAAUCUGCAGUCAAAUUUGUAUCAACUUAAAAGGCGGAUACAAGUGUGAAUGUAGUCGUGGCUACCAAAUGGAUCUCGCGAGCGGUGUGUGCAAGGCUGUAGGCAAAGAGCCAAGUCUGAUUUUCACUAAUCGAAGAGACAUCAGGAAGAUUGGCUUAGAGAGGAAAGAAUAUAUCCAACUAGUUGAACAGCUAAGAAACACCGUGGCCCUCGAUGCUGACAUUGCUGCUCAGAAACUAUUCUGGGCUGAUCUAAGCCAAAAGGCCAUCUUCAGUGCCUCACUUGAUGACAAGGUUGGUAGACAUGUUAAAAUGAUCGACAAUGUCUAUAAUCCUGCAGCCAUCGCUGUUGAUUGGGUGUACAAGACCAUCUACUGGACUGACGCGGCUUCUAAGACUAUUUCAGUAGCUACCCUGGACGGAACCAAGAGGAAGCUCCUGUUUAACUCUGACUUGAGAGAGCCUGCCUCCAUAGCUGUGGACCCCUUAUCUGGGUUCGUUUACUGGUCAGACUGGGGUGAACCAGCUAAAAUAGAAAAAGCAGGAAUGAAUGGAUUUGACAGACGGCCACUGGUGGCAGUGGAUAUCCAAUGGCCUAAUGGAAUUACACUUGACCUUAUAAAGAGCCGUCUUUAUUGGCUGGAUUCCAAGUUGCACAUGUUAUCCAGUGUGGACCUGAAUGGCCAGGAUCGUAGGAUAGUGCUGAAGUCUCUGGAGUUCCUAGCUCAUCCUCUUGCACUGACGAUAUUUGAGGAUCGUGUCUACUGGAUAGAUGGGGAAAAUGAAGCCGUCUAUGGUGCCAAUAAAUUCACAGGGUCGGAGCUGGCCACUCUAGUUAACAACCUUAAUGAUGCCCAAGACAUCAUUGUCUAUCAUGAACUUGUACAGCCAUCAGGUAAAAACUGGUGUGAAGAAGACACGGAGAACGGAGGAUGUGAAUACCUCUGCCUGCCAGCACCGCAGAUUAGUGAUCACUCUCCAAAAUACACCUGCUCCUGUCCCAGUGGGUACAAUCUACAGGCAAAUGGCCGGGAGUGCCAAAGGAUCAAUGUGACCACAGCAGUAUCAGAGGUCAGUGUUCCCCCAAAAGGAACUUCUGCUGCCUGGGCCAUCCUUCCCCUCUUGCUCUUAGCAAUGGCAGCAGCAGGUGGCUACUUGAUGUGGCGGAACUGGCAACACAAGAACAUGAAAAGCAUGAACUUUGACAAUCCUGUGUACCUGAAGACCACUGAAGAGGACCUGUCCAUAGACAUUGGUAGACACAGUGCUUCUGUUGGACACACGUACCCAGCAGUAAGUCAGCUGUGUGUCUUUUGGUGCCAUGGCUUGCAGUACGACUGUUUGGAAAAGAGACUUCAGACUCAAGCUAUGGGCUGCCUGGGCUAGGAAGAGCCAGUAGAAUCCUGGACCCACCAAAUAUUUCAUUUACUGGAGAUUAGAUAGUCUAGCCUCUUAGAACGUAAGUCAGUCAGUUGAUAAGCAUCUGCCCCAUACAGAAUGACAAGUAAGUCAACUUCAGGUCAUCACUACACUCUUAGAGAUAUUUUUGGUUAUAGAAACUAUAUGUAAAUAUUUGCAUGAACCAAGUAGCUCCUUUUUGAACUGUUAUAAAUAAGUAAAUUAGCAUAUCAUAUAUAGACAAGUUGGCUUAAAGUCAGUAGACUCAGUCACUUGUUCUUUAGUUGAAGCCCAAAUGGAGUAUUUGGCCUUUGCUUAGGGAACAGUCUGAACAAAACAAGUGUUGAGCCCUUCCUCUCAAGCUCUCUGGUAACACAAAGAAUGGGAGCCAAUUCAUGGCACAUGUGUGUCUUUUCAUAUUUUUCUCCAGGACUUAAGAUCAUUAAGCAGAACAGGCAGAAUCAGUCACACUAUUUCCUUUAUCAAAUAGAUACAGUUAAAUUCAAGUUAAAAUGCAUUACUGACACAACUCAACACUAUUAUGAUCUGACUUCCCUUCUGUUCACCUUUGAUUUCUGAAUGAUCAACUCAAAAGCAAGGCCCAUUUUAGAGACAAGAGUUGCUACCAAUGACUCCAGGACUUAAGAUCAUUAAGCAGAACAGGCAGAAUCAGUCACACUAUUUCCUCUAUCAAAUAGAUACAGUUAAAUUCAAGUUAAAAUGCAUUACUGACACAACUCAACACUAUUAUGAUCUGACUUCCCUUCUGUUCACCUUUGAUUUCUGAAUGAUCAACUCAAAAGCAAGGCCCAUUUUAGAGACAAGAGUUGCUACCAAUGACUCCAGGACUUAAGAUCAUUAAGCAGAACAGGCAGAAUCAGUCACACUAUUUCCUCUAUCAAAUAGAUACAGUUAAAUUCAAGUUAAAAUGCAUUACUGACACAACUCAACACUAUUAUGAUCUGACUUCCCUUCUGUUCACCUUUGAUUUCUGAAUGAUCAACUCAAAAGCAAGGCCCAUUUUAGAGACAAGAGUUGCUACCAAUGACUCCAGGACUUAAGAUCAUUAAGCAGAACAGGCAGAAUCAGUCACACUAUUUCCUCUAUCAAAUAGAUACAGUUAAAUUCAAGUUAAAAUGCAUUACUGACACAACUCAACACUAUUAUGAUCUGACUUCCCUUCUGUUCACCUUUGAUUUCUGAAUGAUCAACUCAAAAGCAAGGCCCAUUUUAGAGACAAGAGUUGCUACCAAUGACUCCAGGACUUAAGAUCAUUAAGCAGAACAGGCAGAAUCAGUCACACUAUUUCCUCUAUCAAAUAGAUACAGUUAAAUUCAAGUUAAAAUGCAUUACUGACACAACUCAACACUAUUAUGAUCUGACUUCCCUUCUGUUCACCUUUGAUUUCUGAAUGAUCAACUCAAAAGCAAGGCCCAUUUUAGAGACAAGAGUUGCUACCAAUGACUCCAGGACUUAAGAUCAUUAAGCAGAACAGGCAGAAUCAGUCACACUAUUUCCUCUAUCAAAUAGAUACAGUUAAAUUCAAGUUAAAAUGCAUUACUGACACAACUCAACACUAUUAUGAUCUGACUUCCCUUCUGUUCACCUUUGAUUUCUGAAUGAUCAACUCAAAAGCAAGGCCCAUUUUAGAGACAAGAGUUGCUACCAAUGACUCCAGGACUUAAGAUCAUUAAGCAGAACAGGCAGAAUCAGUCACACUAUUUCCUCUAUCAAAUAGAUACAGUUAAAUUCAAGUUAAAAUGCAUUACUGACACAACUCAACACUAUUAUGAUCUGACUUCCCUUCUGUUCACCUUUGAUUUCUGAAUGAUCAACUCAAAAGCAAGGCCCAUUUUAGAGACAAGAGUUGCUACCAAUGACUCCAGGACUUAAGAUCAUUAAGCAGAACAGGCAGAAUCAGUCACACUAUUUCCUCUAUCAAAUAGAUACAGUUAAAUUCAAGUUAAAAUGCAUUACUGACACAACUCAACACUAUUAUGAUCUGACUUCCCUUCUGUUCACCUUUGAUUUCUGAAUGAUCAACUCAAAAGCAAGGCCCAUUUUAGAGACAAGAGUUGCUACCAAUGAGUGAUCACCAAGCUCACUCUCUAUUU